AUUUAUAGGAAGAAGAAAAUGGAAGUGUUAUUCAUGAUUAUGGUCUGUACCAUUUUACAUCUCAGAGCUCUGCAUCAUUUCUUCGAAGCCUUCAAUGAAACGGCUAUCAUUAGUUCAAGGUUUACUGAGAAUGAAGAAGUGGUAUGGAGGCUUGUUGAUCACGGUUUUGGGUAUGUCGUUGCUUCUAUUCUACAGCCUUAAAGGAAUUCAGCCACAGAAGCAGCCAGCAAAACAGUCAGCAUACGGUUUUUUCAAUAACCAUCCACAAAAUGGUUCUGUUAAAGAAAGCAUCAGUCUUCCAGUAAACUCUUCUGAUGUGGAACCAAAUCAGGUACCAGAGCCAAGAAAAAAACCACACUUGAUACAUGUUGCAGGGCUUGAUGACUUGUAUGACAUGAAAACAAUUUCUGAAGGAGAGAUGAAUGUUUUGCUUGUUUGGACAUACUUGCGUUCCUUGUUGUCACGGUCAGAUUCCUUGCCUGAAACAGCUCAAGGAGUUAAAGAGGCUUCUGUAGCAUGGAAAGAGUUGAUUUCCACUAUUGAAAAGGACAAGGCCUCUAAGAUUAGUAAGAUAGACAGUCCAGCAUAUAAAAAGUGCCCGUUCUCCGUGAGCACACUUGGCAAGACAAUAGAUGAUAGUGGAAUCACUCUGGAUUUCCCCUGUGGUCUAGUUGUAGAUUCUUCUAUUACACUGAUUGGCAUCCCUAAUGGACUGAACAGAAGUUUUCAGAUUGACCUUGUCGGGCAUGAGUUAGAAGAGGAGCCAAAUCCUCCGAUUAUCUUACAUUACAAUGUCAGUGUUCCUGGAGAAAACAUGACAGAGCAACCAUACAUUGUUCAAAAUACUUGGACUAGUGAUUUUGGGUGGGGAAAAGAGGAAAGGUGCCCAGCUCGAGGUUCUGCUAACAUCCAAAAAGUUGAUGGACUUGUUCUCUGCAACGUACAAGUUGUCGGGAGUAACAACGAAAAUGUGGGUCAACCUACUAGUGAUAUACCUUCUAAUAACUCCUCAGAAAGUGCACACAGAACUGCUAAUUUCCCCUUUGCUGAGGGUAAUCCUUUCACUGCCACAUUAUGGGUUGGUUCAGAGGGAUUUCACAUGACUGUGAAUGGAAGGCAUGAAACAUCUUUUGCUUAUAGGGAGAAGUUUGACCCAUGGUUAGUCAGCACCGCUAAAGUAGCAGGCAGUUUAAGUCUCUUAUCAGUCCUGGCUAAAGAUUUACCUGUUACUGAAGAUAAUGAUUUAGUUGUUGAUGUUGAGAAACUGAAGGCUCCUUCUAUUCCCAGAAAAAAACUUGUUUUGCUGAUAGGAGUAUUCUCUACUGGAAAUAACUUUGAGCGUCGAAUGGCCCUGAGGAGGUCUUGGAUGCAAUAUGAGGCUGUACGUUCUGGGGAAGUUGCUGUCCGAUUUUUCAUUGGACUUCACAAGAAAGAUAUAGUUAACUUUGAGUUAUGGAGUGAAGCUCAAGCAUACGGGGAUAUUCAGUUAAUGCCUUUUGUGGAUUAUUAUAGUUUGAUUUCUUUGAAGACAAUUGCAAUUUGCAUUAUGGGGACAAAAAUCAUCCCUUCUAAAUACAUCAUGAAAACAGAUGAUGAUGCUUUUGUAAGGGUUGAUGAAGUUCUUUCCAGCCUCAAAGGUAAGCCAUCCGAAGGCCUCUUGUACGGUCUCAUAUCUUCUAAGUCAUCUCCUCAGAGGGAUAAAGACAGCAAGUGGUACAUCAGUGAGAAGGAAUGGCCACAUGAUAUGUACCCACCAUGGGCACAUGGUCCUGGCUAUGUCAUCUCUCGGGACAUAGCAAAGUUCAUUGUCCGUGGCCACCACGAAAGAAAACUCAAGCUCUUUAAACUAGAAGACGUUGCCAUGGGCAUAUGGAUUGAACAGUUCAAGAAUGGUGGUAAAGAAGUGCAUUAUGAGAAUGAUGAGAAGUUUUACAAUGCUGGUUGUGAAUCAAAUUAUAUACUUGCCCAUUAUCAGAAUCCAAGAAUGGUUCUAUGCCUUUGGGAGAAACUGCAGAAAGAACACCAACCAGCAUGCUGUGAGUAGAUGUCAGUGUUUUUGAGUUGUAAAUCUGUUGAUUCUGAGGUUUGAACCAGCUUUCCUUGUAUUUUGUAUCCUAUUGUCCAUUGAUUUAUUCAUUCAUUAUAACAAUUUUAGUAGAAAAAAUCGGUUUAAAACAUCCUUUUUUUUCUCGAAAAUACAGUAUAUUUUCUGUUAAUUUGU